AUGUCUAAUAACUGCUGCUCAGAAGUCCACAGCACUUCCUGUAGGAACUCUAGUCAUGUUUCUGUUACCUCACCUGUCACCAGUGGUAUCUGCUCCACUGAGACAAGGGCUAGAGAUGCUCCUUGCUCUCCUACUAGCAGCCUGGGCAGCAACGCACCACGUGACAACUGUCAAGAGCUCUGUGGUGAACCCAGGAGUUGCCAAUCAACCAGCUGCAACAGGAGCACUGGCAGCCCUUCCGUCUGCUCUCCGAUUACUUCAGGGAUAUCUGGAUCCCAGGAAGGAACUAGCUGUCUUCCCAACAGGUCCUGCAGUCCCAGCUUUGGACGUCCAACAUUCUGCAGACAGCCUAUGAGUUGCUACGUUCCAAGUUACCUGUCUAAUGGAUGUCAACCCUAUCUGACUUAUGGCCGUCAGCCACUGAGAAACCAGACCUACCGAUGCCAGCCUUUCUGCUACGGGUCUACAAGCUAUAAUUACCGCGGCUUUCAACCCUAUUCCUCUUCCUUGAGUGGUUGGCAUUAUCGUUACUAA